AUGACAGCAAAAGACCCGCGCGACGACGAAAAGGUCGACUCCGACGUCGAGCGCGCCGCGGGCACAACAAGCACCAGCUCCGACUCAGUCACGAUCCGCAGCGACAAUGUAGCCGACGCCUCUCCCGACCCCGCCAAGACCGGCACCGAGACCUCGCCGGAGACGGGCAUCACGAACGGCGAGACCAAAGAAGCCUCCGAAGCACAAGAUGCGUCCGCCGCCGACGAUGACGCCCCGGAGGCCGGCCGCACCAAACUAGAGACGACCCUCAUCGUGCUCUCCCUCUGCGCCGCCCUCUUCCUCGCCGCCCUGGACGUCACAAUCAUCACCACCGCCGUCCCCACCAUCGCCCAGGAGUUCAACAGCAACAUCGGCUACAUCUGGAUCGGCAGCGCCUACCUCCUCGCCAACGCCGCCUUCGUCCCGACCUGGGGCAAGAUCUCCGACAUCUGGGGCCGCAAGCCCGUGCUCCUCUCCGCCGUCGGCGUCUUCUGGGUCGGCUCCCUCAUCUGCGGCCUCGCCGUCAACAUGGCCAUGCUCAUCGCCGCCCGCGCCAUCCAGGGCGUCGGCGGCGGCGGCAUCAUAGUGCUCGUCAACAUCUGCAUCAGCGACCUCUUCUCCAUGCGCCAGCGCGGCGUCUACUUCGGCAUCAUGGGCGUCGUCUGGGCCAUCAGCUCGGCCAUCGGGCCGGUCAUAGGCGGCGUCUUCACGAGCCAGGUCACCUGGCGCUGGUGCUUCUACAUCAACCUGCCCAUCUCGGGCGUCGGCUUCGUCGUGCUCUUCUUCGUCCUGAAGCUGCACAACCCGCGCACGCCCGUCGGCCAGGGCCUCAAGGCGAUCGACUGGAUCGGUACCGUCACCAUCAUCGGCGGCACCAUCAUGUUCCUCUUCGGGCUCGAGUUCGGCGGCGUCACACACCCCUGGAACUCGCCCACGGUCAUCUGCCUCAUCGUCUUCGGCAUCCUCACGAUCGUCCUGUUCACCAUCAACGAGCUCAAGUACACGCGGUACCCCGUCAUCCCAAUGCACCUGUUCAGCGACAUGUCGAACCUGGCGGCCUUCGCGACGGCCUUCUUCCACGCCUUCGUCUUCAUGUCGGGGAGCUACUGGCUGCCGCUGUACUUCCAGGGCGUGCAGGGCGUCUCCUCGCUGCUGUCCGGCGUCUACCUCCUCCCGUACGUGCUCUCGCUCUCGUGCAUGUCCGCCCUCGCGGGCUUCGUCAUCCGCAAGACGGGCAACUACCUCUACAUCAUCAUCGCGGGAAUGGCCGUCAUGACGCUGGGCUUCGGGCUCUUCAACGACCUCCCGCUGCGGCUCGACUUCGUCAAGAUCGUGCUCUUCCAGAUCGUGGCCGGGCUGGGCGUCGGGCCCAACUUCCAGUCGCCGCUGAUCGCGGUGCAGACCUCGGUCGAGCCGCGGGACAUCGCGGCCGCGACGUCGACGUUCGGCUUCAUCCGCCAGAUGGCCACGUCCAUCUCCGUCGUCAUCGGCGGCGUCGUGUUCAACAACGAGAUGCAGAAGCAGCAGCCGGUGCUGCUGCGGGAGCUGGGCCCGGAGCUGGCGGGGCUCCUGUCGGGUUCGAGCGCGGCGUCGAGCGUGGGCGUGGUGGCUGGUCUGCAGGGUGACCAGGCGAGGAUCGCGCGGGGUGCGUAUUUGAAUAGUCUCAGGACGAUGUACAUCGUGUAUGUUGCAUUCGCGGGGGUGGGCUUGAUCAUGAGCUUGUUUAUCAGGCAGAAGCAGCUGAGCAAGAAGCAUACGGAGCAUAAGACGGGGCUGAGGACUCUGAGGAGUCGGACGGGGAAGUGA